AUGAUAUACGAAUGCAAAAAUGGUACCUUGGCUUAGAAACCUCGCAGUUAAUAACUGUGGAAGUGCUUAAUGAACACUAAGCUGCGAGGCGGCUCUGUCCCAGUGUGGGGAUGUAAUGCCAAUAAGAAGAAGAAGAAGAAGAAGGAGUUGAUAGAGAUUAACUUCAUUUUAUCCUCUCCAACCAUUUCUGAUAUAUUUGUUUAUUACUUAAUUUCUCUGAAUUUCUGACAUAUUGAAAAUGUACCCAACAGCUUUAAAGACAUCUGGUCCGUGAUUCGGGAAGCUUAAUAGCUUGAUCCGCUGUCACAACCAGCGCUUCUCAUCCCACAAGAACGCACCGUUGUUGCUCUUCCAAUGAAUUCCAUUUGCCGACCGGCAGACAGUUUGAUCAAUUAUUCAUCACAAUAGCGAUUGUAACCGCAAGCAAGCAUGAUUGUGAAUUUUUCUUCCUCGUUGUCGGAUCGGCGGCGUGCCGCUGACCAAUGCGCGAACAUCGCGUCCUCCCCAUCCAUCACAGCCACGCAUAAGCCCACCUGAAUAAUUAAACGGAAUUAUUACUACUCGUUGUUCUCCUCCGUUAUUCAUUUCAGAUGUCAUAUUUUUUGUUUCAAUGCAUUAUUUGAUAUUUUUUCAUUUCCCUUUGAUUUCCACAGCGUUAACGGUUCGUUUCCUCACCAAGCGGUACAUUGGCGAAUAUGACCAUCAAGCAGAAAAUAGACACAAAUAUGAAAUCAUGGUCGAUGGAGAGGCGGUGCUGUGCGAAAUUUGGGAUACAUGUCCGAAGAUCGAAGGAAACAACGAAGCCACCCUGACGGCCGGUUCCGAUGCCGUCCAGUGGGCGGACGGCCUGCUGCUGGUGUACUCCAUUACGGAUCGCGAUUCGUUCAACUACAUCCGCAAAGCCAAGGAGGAGCUACCGUGCGACACGACCCCGGUGGCCCUGGUCGGCAACAAGGUGGACAUGGUCCACCUGCGGCAGGUCAGCACCGAUGAAGGCGAAAUCCUUGCCAAGGACUUCGAGUGCAAGUUUUGCGAAAUUUCCGCCGCCGAGCACGUGCUGCAGGUGGCCGACGCAUUCCACGACCUCUGCCGGGAGGUGAUAGCGGCCAAGCGCAAGUCGAAGCAGAGUUUCAUCGAGAAGAUCGACCGGAUGCUGAGCGGGUCACGGACCUACAACCGGGGCAAGAGUGAUAGCAUUUCGCCGAAGGACUAGAUGGGUGGACUGCGGCGGGCGAGAUCUUGGAAAGAACAGAAUGGAAACGUGAUGUUGUAUUAUUAGCUAAUUCAUUAGUUCAUAUAGGGCUGGACUCCUGUCAACGGUAUUAAUCGUUCAUAAUAUUUCUCGCUAAUUGUUGAUUCACGUUGCAGAUGGGUGGGGGAAUAGUUUCUAUUUACCAAUGCCAUAAGAGAGUUGAAUGUUUGCCAUUUAGAAUAAAUUUAUUUAAAUACAUACAAGUGCCUUGAUGAAUAAAAAAUAGUGAAUGAAGUGGCCGAUG